AUGUGGUUAAUUGUAGUUGACUCAUAUUCUCAGUUUCCAUACGUAGCUAAGAUUAAAAAUGCUACAUCAACUUCUACAAUAAAAUCAUUACAAAGCAUAUUUGCUAUUGAAGGCCUACCUGAAACAAUCAUAACUGAUAAUGGUACUCAGUUCAGUACAAAAGAGUUUAACAAAUUUUGUGAAAUCAAUGGAAUUCAACAUUUAACAACAGCACCUUUUCACCCAGCAUCGAAUGGAUUGGCAGAACGAUUUGUUCGUUCAUUCAAAACUUGUUUAAAGAAAGAAUUAACUAGUGGCAAUAAUUUAAAUUCUUCUCUUUUAGCGUAUCUCACAACAUACAGAUCAACCCCUAAUAAAGAUGGAAAAUCUCCUGCAGAAAUUAUCCAUGGCCGCCAACCUCGCACCCUACUCUCAUUGUUAAAACCUCCUAUUAAUACUUCGAACAAAACAACCAACGAUGUAUCCGAUUUAAAUCACUUUAAAGAAAACGAUAACGUGUUAUGUAAAAAUUUUGGUUCGGGGGAAAAAUGGCUGCGUGGAAUUAUUUUAAGACGUAUUGGCUCUGUGAUGUAUUUAAUUAAAGUUGGUAAUAAAACUAUUAGAAGACAUAAAAAUCAACUUAAAAAUUUAAAACCCGAAUCUGAAUAUAUUGAUGUAAACCAAACUUCAAGACAAUUAGUGGAAGACUGUUUUCCUCAGGAAAUAUAUUCCAGUCCAGUACCAUCGCAACAACAUAAUGCAGAUGAAUUACCUUCAACUUCCCGUCAAGAUGUACUACUCUCAACGCCAACUAAGUUAAGAAGAUCGAAGCGAAUAAAACGCAAACCUGAAAAUUCUCUCCAUCAUUUAACAAAAAAUUGGCAAGGAGGAAUUGAUAUGUUUAUUAAUUUAGACUUUAUGAAAUUGGUUAAUCAAUAUAACUUUGAAUUUGUACUUAGACUUGAAAAUUUAUAA